AUGUUAAAUUUUUUUCUUAGAAACUGAUAGCAAAAUUAAAAUGCUAAUGUAUCAGAUACAAUUCACACAACAACCAAUUAUUCCAGCUAUGUUAUUCAAAGAAGUUCAAUAAAGACAUGUCUGGUGGUAUUACAAAUUUUGAAACGAUGAAUUCAAGACGUCGAAGAGACGCGCCUUCAGGUCAUGUUGUGCAAGCACAACCAAUGAAAGACAGUUCUUACAUGGAAAGCAUGGUGAAUUUUUUUCAUGAUAUUGGACAGGUAUAUUCUAAUACAUCUCAAGCAGAAGAAAAAGAAACUGUUCUGUGGGCAAGAUUAUUUGAUUAUAAGAAUGCUCUGGAUCCUGAAUUUGACGGUUUUACAAAUGGGAGUAGAAAUGAUGUUGUUGAUUCUUUGCUGUUGAUCCUGGGAUAUAAAAAUGGAGUACAAGCAUGGAUAAUAUGUGAAAAUGGUGAAGUACAAGAAAUCUUAUCUUUGCGUGAAGGUCCUGUGAAGACAGCUUGUCUAGUUCCUCCACCAAGCAGUUCAAGUGAUAAAAAGCAUGAUGAAUACACAAUAUCUCGUCCUUUGCUAGCUGUUUGUAUGGCUGCUGACAGAAAACAGCUCUUCACAUCAGUGAGUAUAUUCUCUUUGCGAACAAAGGAUAAAAUACGACAGUUAGAAUUCGAUGAAAAUGUUGAAGAGCUGAGUACUGGAUUGGAAGGAAUGAUCAUUGUCACGUUGAGAUAUGAGAUGAAAGCUUUCAACACUUUUGACUUUAAACUAAUUUUCACAGUCAGAGACUGCUAUCCCAGUCCAGGUGUAAACAGUAAUCCUAUUGCAGUUGGAAACAAAUGGCUUGCUUAUUCUCCUGCUAAGCUCCUCUCAAGUUGUCAGUCAGCAGGAGGUAUGGAAGAUGACGGAAUCAACUCAUAUGCUGCUACUGUAAUAAAUGCUGCCAAGACAAUCAAAAAAGGCAUUGUCAAUUUGAAAGAUACUGUGAAUUGGCUUGCUAAAACUAGCAUGACCACUGGGGAGGAGCAUUCAACAUCUUUAAUUCGAGAAACAACUGGGCAAAGGAGUCGAAAUCAAUCUGGUGGUAGUCUUCCUGAAUUAUCUGAUGGAGUUCCAGGCUUAGUCACUGUUCUUGAUAUUUCGAAGCUCUGUGAGAAUUCCCAGGAUGACAACUCACCAACUACACCUGAAGAGCCAUCUGUGAAUGGGGUUUUGCCAGAGAAAGCAAUUGUUGCUCAUUUUCCUGCUCAUUCUCAACCAGUUGUAUGUAUGAAAUUCAGUAAUUGUGGAUCAUUGAUUGCAACAGCUGACAAACGCGGCCACUCAUUUCAUGUAUUUUCGAUUUUGCCUCAUCCUGUGACUCCUAGAAUGGGAGCUGUACACCAUAUUUAUUCCCUGUAUCGAGGAGACACUUCUGCCAGAGUUCAAGAAAUCUCAUUCAGUGGAGACAGCAGAUGGUUGUCAGUCAGUACAUUGCGUGGAACAUCUCAUAUAUUUCCUAUUGCAGCAUAUGGUGGUGCAGCUACCGUACGAACACAUGCGUCACACAGAGUUGUCAACAGAUCAAGCAGAUUUCAUAAAAGUGCAGGAUUGGAAGAUUUAGAUCCAACUGUUAUUAAUGUAGGAGGAUCCAACCAUUCAGUAAUCGACUCUGGAAGUCCGAUCAUGCAAGUUCACGCAAGACGAGGUCGUACCUAUUCCGGUUCUCGAGCCCACAAUUCUACAAAUCCUAGACUCCCACCACAUCCUAAACCAACUCUGGUUCAACCUCUCGCUCAAAUUGGAUCAUCGAGAGCUCAGCACGUUCUAAAUCUCCAUGGAAUUACUGGGCAAACUCAAAGUCAUUCAUCAAAAACAGACAAGACUUUAUCCAAUAGCUGGCAAGCUGAUAUUCAAAUUGCUUCUGUAUUCACCAGCGGACAACUGAAAAUAUCAAGAACCUCUGGAAACCACGACAAUGCCUUGAGGCGGGCACAGAUGACGUCAUCGUCUAAAGGAGGGCAAUGUCUCCUGAUUUUCAAUUCCGGUGGAUACAUGACUGAAUAUCAUCUGGAACCUCGACCCCAGACCGGGUUGUCAAAAAUAUCAGAUGAUUCUCCUAUUGAGUUGGUUUUCACUCCCCGAUAUCAGUGGCCGUUACAGAGAAUAUUGUCUUGGAAGGAGGUAAAUCUCCCUUUGACUCCGACUAACGCAUUGUUGGAAGUAGAUAACAAACGACGACUUCGCAUCAACACAAUGCAAGAAAUAUCUACAUCGUCUUCUUCGUCACUGUCUCUAAACGGAUCGGAAUCUUUAGAGAACCUCAGAAACGAUCUAAAACAAGAAUUAGGAGGUCAUACACACCAUGGAGAUUUUUCUCAACCAAAAACCCGACAGCCCACGUCAAGAAAUAUCUCUUACAAUUCAACGAUGACGAACAACCACCAGUAUCCUGGGAUGGCGGUGCAGAAUUUAAAUAGCAAAACGAACAAGUCCAAAAACAAAUAUAGAUCUCAGGAUCGCAUCAUUCCAACGGAACAACAUUCCGAUCAAGAACUUUUUGAAAACCACAGUCUAUCGUCUCCUCGGGGAUCGACGGAACGGCUAAACGGCCAAUUAAUUCACAAUCAUCAUGAUAAAGAAACAUCAGAUAAUCAUCGGCCUUCAUCCGCUGAAUCUGGAAAAUCGAACGCCAGUUAUAACUCUGACUAUGACGAAUGGUUGGCACAGGUUGAGAUGAUUACACACGAAGGUCCUGCGAGACGACUAUGGAUGGGACCACAGUUUUGUUUCAAGAUUCGUCAAUCAACCGGUUGUACGAAGCUUCUCUCUUCGGGAUCCAGUGCGCUAAUCUCUGACCGUACAUCAGUACCGAUUUCCGGUUCACCGCCCGGAAACGGGGAUGGAUAUUCGGUCGCAAAUCACCCCGAUGCUUAUUUGGAUGAUGAUAUAGAUUUGCAGUCACUCAAGAUCCAGACAAACAGAUCAGAUCCGAUGCCCACACCCAAAUCGGGACCGAUGCACCGAUAUGGACCAAAUUCUGUAACAAUUGAAUCUGGAUCUGGGAGCUUCGAUCGAACCGCCCAUAUGUUAGAAAUCGGUGCAUAUGGAUCAUUGGAAGACAGAAGAUUCGUAUCUGUUGAUAACGAAGAUCGAUUGAAAGAAAGAAUAGCUGAUGCAAUGAUGGAACAAUAUUCUUCUGAAGUUGGGAAGACGAGGGAUAUCAGGUCGAAAUCUGAUUCAUCUGACAUCGUAGAAUUCAGUGCAGAUAUUGCGUCCGAUACAUUGUUAACUGUCGAUCAAUUUGAUUUUGACACAGAUAAUAUUCCGUCUUUAGAAACACCAGGAAGCACGUAGUAUUCGUCUUCGUCAAUAUUUUUCUUACUUUCUCUCAAAGCCAGUGAAUAUAACUUUACUUUGGACCAGGCUCACCCAAGCCAAGUUACGUAAUUAUUUAUUUAUAGAAUUAUCCUGAAUACAUCAUUGCAAUAUUAAUUUACACUAUUAAGAUUGUAGUUUCGUGUCAUCAUUAUGAAAUAACACAAACCGGAAUUCUAUUUUUAGCAUCACCGGGAAGCAUUGUUUAAAUUUCGAGAAUUUUAAAAAAUGUCUGAUAUUUGAAAAAUUUAGUGGUGUUAAGUAAAAUUUUAGUUUCCAAAAGUCUGUUACUGUAUAUGUCUUGACCUAAUGUUCAUUCUUUUCUCAGAAUGUUUAAGAAAAAUUUAGGUCAAUUUAAUGUACAAUAUUUAAAUAUACAAAUGUGAUUAUCUUAAUUUGUGUAUGGUUUAACGUUAACCACGAGAACGUAUCGGAAUUUUUUAACAUAAUACUCGAUUUUAAUAUUUUUUCGCGCUUGGAUAAGCUUGGUCCCGGUAUAUUGUGUGUUUUUUAUCUUUAUUUUUAUUUCUUAGUCAGUUUUUAAGAGAUUUUAUUUUUAUUUGUGAAAGUGACGCAGUGAAUCAUUAUGACGUCACAUUCUUUCCACUUCGAAGUGAGGGUUGUUUGAAAGUCAUGAUUCAAUGAAAUGUUUAUUUUUAUUCUUGGUUGUAUUAGUGCCUAUGAAUUCAAGGUUGUUGUAUGUCGCGUUUGAUAACAUGGAUGCUUAGGGCGGGGUUUUAAAUGACGGAGAAUCGGACAAACAGCUGUCGGAUUUAAGGAGAAUCGGCAUUUUUACCCCUGAUUGGAACUGAAACUCGUGGCAUGUACAGUUUACUUACAGCAUUGCGACGACCUGGUCUGACAGAAAUAAGGCUUUCUGCAAUGCAAAGUCGAUUCUGCAUAAUUGAAAAAACUUCAUUAUCGAUCACGUUAUCAUAUUAAAAAAUGUUUACAGAAAAUUUUAGGCAUUUUUACGCCCCGAAUGUUGAUAAAAACCGAUUCGACCAAAAUUUUGUUCUUUGUAACGAUGCCUAAAAAAUAAUCUUAUGUUGGAGGCAUCACGCGAUCACGCCAAGUAUUUCUUGUUCUGUUGGCCUUGGCCUGUUUAAUGCCACACAGUGCUAUUUCAGAAAUUUAUUAUAUCGUUCCUUUUUUUUAAUUUACAAAUUACCCUUCUAAGUAUGUGUAAAAGCAAAUUGUGUUUCUUUCAUAUGUUGUAAGAGCCCUAUCGGUGGCAUUCAAAUUCAUAGUACCUGGCAUCCUGGCUUUGAUGACAUGGCAUGCCACAUGCCCUGACUUUUUUGCUUCUAAAUUUCAAUGACGUGCGUGGCGAUAUCCAGAAGUUAAUCGGUCUCUUGUAGCAUGAUCCAUGGAUAUACCUUAUUUUGACCUGUCCAUUCAUCCAUGUAAGAUACAGGAAUGUAUUGUUGUACAUAUGCUUUGUACAAUAUAGCAAAACAGCAAAACUAGAAAAAUUAUUUCAAUUAUAAAUUUUUUUAAUAAAAAAGGCGUAAAUUGUAUUUUGAAAUUGUAAAUUACGCAAUUUAUUUGGUUCAAACUAACCUUAGACAAAAUUACCUUGCUAGCAAAGUAAUACAUUGGAUAUAUGGUAUUGUGCAAUUCAUUUGGCGUUCAAAUUCGGACCUUUUUUUUUUUUUCUUGUGCACUCCAGUCAUCUCAAAUCGUUAUUUUUUUGUUCAAAUUUAUUGUUUUUUAUUAUUUCUGUCAAUUGCGAAAAAAUUAGGUUUGUCGAUGGUUAUUUCAAGCCGAUUACUAUUAUUUCAAGCUGGUCAUUUUCACCUAUAAUAAGGAAUAACUCGUAAAAAAGAUUUAAAAAAAAAAAAAAUAUAGAAUUGGUAGUGGCGUAUCAUAUUAAUAAAAGCAGUUUGUUAUAUUUUUUAAAUGAUUUGUUGUCUUCGUUGGCGAUUUUCAUGAAGAGCUAUUUGAUCAUUUUAAUAUAUUUGGAAACUUUCUUGAGCCAUCUAUGGGUCAUCUCCGAUCGUACAAAACUCUAUCUUUUAUGACAUUGCGUAGCUAGAAUACCUCACAUUUAAGCCAUUAUAUAUACAUAUACCGGGUUUCUUUUUUUGUUAUAACUGUAAGAAAAUGAUAAAGUUUACUGGCAUUUGACGAUAUUAUGGGGCAUAUGCGAUAAUAUUAAAGAAUUACAAACCUCUAUCAGUUGCAAUACUAUUGGAGAAGCCAAUUUUCUUCGAACAAUUAAGAACAAAUUUUAUAUUCUACUGUCUGAGUCACCAUUGACAUUUACAUCAACUUCUGGGUGUUAUACUUACAAGUUUAAUCUAUACACAACCGUAAUUAAAUUUAUAUAGCAGCCUUUAGGGAAGCACUUUUUGUCCGAGUGGAAUCAUAUUAUGCUCUUCCGUGACCCGGUUAUGCAAUUGUUGGAUUGAUCGGUCAAUAUGUAUAUGAAAUAUAAUUCCUGUAUAAAUGUCAUCCACGAGAAAUUACUAGAUCUAACUUUUAGUGCGCUUUCUAUCCUGUCUUGUAUUGGUGUGUUAACUUCUCCGUUGACGACUGUGUAGGUCAGGAGUCAUGUGUUCAAACAUACCCUUGUUACACCCAUCGCUUUCUUUCAAAUCUCUGACUAUCCCCAAAAUAGAAUCUGCAAGCAGGUAAUAUCGCGUUUUCAUGGUCUUACAUGUUCUGAACAUAAUAUAGAAGAGACAUACUAGAUCAUGCUCGAUAUUAGUAGUCACUUGGACGGUUAUACGGUCUCAGUUGGAGAGAAUAUGGGCAAUGACGGAAAGUCAGCUCGAAAAAAGGAUCUCAGCGGUGGCAUUUGUCAUUCAUAAUAAUGUAGUCAUUUCUAAACUCUCUCUUGUCAAUAGCAAAACAUAUAAAAAAUAAAUUACGCCUGAUAGACAUGUAUUAUGUGUGGUUCACAGUUGGCUAUACUUAAAUCACGGUCAAAAACUCUAUGGGUGGGGCAAGCGAUCACUAAGAAAUGUGUUUACAUCUGAGUCAAUCUAACAAGCGCGCGAAGUCGACGUCUAGAAGAGCAUCGACCGUAAAAACAUAUCACGGAAAUAGUGUUUAGUCCUAAACAUAGAGUAACACGAAGCAAAAAGGAACUUCAAAACGGCAGCCAUUUUGAUUUUUUGCGCACACUAGUUUCACUAUGUAACUAUUAAAAUAGGAAUAGCCAUUUUGUAAGAGAAAAUUAUUUUCAAUUCCGCAUUCUCGGUGUCGAUGUCCAAGAUACCGAGACUUGGUCCUAGGUGAUAAUUUUAAUUUUUCUGCAUACAAGAUCAAAUGAAAAUUCUCUUUCGAGUAAUUGUACCGUUUUAUUUUUGUGCUCCUAACCCUUUUGAAUGCCUCCUAUACUAAAUACAGCACUGGGAAAUGAUAUAGCUAUAUUUUAUUCAGUUUUCAUAACCAUAUGUAACAUAUUUAUUUCUGGUAUAUGUUUUCAACUUUGAUGAGUGCUACAAUAGUAAUAUAUCUAUAUUUUUUGUAUUUUCUCCCUUAAUUUGAUUAUUGCUCUCAUUUCGACCCAUUUUUAAUUUUAUUAUAUUUGCUUGGGAUAUUGUAACCUGAAACUACCACACAUGGAGCGAUAAUAAAGUGACAUUAUUCGCGGCCCAUGCUUGGUAUCUUUGCCAUAAUAUUGUGAUCUCAAGUACUCGAUUUUAUGAAAUCCAAAAUAAAUUUGUCCUUGACAUGGAUAUUGGA